AUGCCUUUCAAUCCAGGCUUAGGUGCCGUGAUUUGCGAGAAAUUCGCUGCUCAAGGUGCUGAUAUUGCUGUGAACUACGUUAGCAACAAGGAGCGCGCUGAAGAAGUUGCCGAACAGUGUCGAAAAGAAUUUGGAGUUCGUGUGGUGACUCUGCAAGCCGACGCUGGUAGUGCAGAUGAUAUUGCUCGGCUGGUUGAGCAGUCUGUUGAGCAGCUCGGCGGACUUGACGUGGUUAUCCAUAAUGCUGGUUGGACACGAUUCGCAACAUUUGGCGAUCUCAAUGAUCUGAGUAUCGAUGAAUGGAACAAGUGCUGGAACGUGAAUGUCAUGUCACAACUGCUGCUGAUGCAACAGGUUGCACCUAUUUUCAAGAACAAUUCAGAAGGUGGCGUGUUCAUCAUCACAUCAUCUGUGGCCGGAACCACAGUUGGUGGCAGCAGCAUGGGUUAUUGUGUUACCAAGGCCGCUGGUCUUCGCCUGAUGAAGUGCCUUGCUUCGACGCAAGGUCUCAAAAUAAGGAUCAACGCGGUUCUGCCUGGUCUCUUAUUGACGGAAUGGGGAAUGCAAUUCCCAGAAACUGCUCGAAAAGCUGGCAUUGAAAAGGCAGUGCUAAAACAAGAGACAAAACUCGAUGAUUGUGCAGACGCUUUCGUGGCCAUUGCCAUGAACACAUCUAUGACUGGACAACAAAUUGUCGUCGACUCGGGAAUUGUCAUUUGA